GUCCACUUAACAGGUCCAUGUCGGAUUUGGUUGUGUGUGUAAUGCGUGGUGUCAGCUCGUGAAGCUCUAAGCCGUGGAUUAACUAGGAAAAGGACUCUCCUCAAUCUCUUAUGUCUUAGAAAGGCCAAGAACCCAGGCACAGGCUGCUCCUCUCUGGCCAGAACCUCCAGGACACCAUGCCACUCACCAGGUCCCUCUCCGUCACGUCCCUCAAUGGCCUCCCUCAAUGGGAUGAGGAGGAUCUGCCUAUAGAAGACCUCCUGCUCUUUGAGAUAUCAUGGGAAAUCACCAAUAAAGUUGGAGGCAUCUACACAGUGAUCCAAACUAAAGCUAAAAUAACUGUGGAUGAGUGGGGAGACAACUACUUUAUGAUGGGUCCAUACUAUGAGCAAAAUGUGAGGACGCAGGUUGAAAUCUGUGACCCUCCGUUGCCAGCACUCAAGAAAGCCAUGGACGCGCUGCAGUCUCAGGGAUGUCAGGUGUACUUUGGCCGCUGGCUGAUUGAGGGCAGUCCAUACGUCCUGCUGUUCGACAUUGGCUCAGCUGCUUGGAAUCUUGACAGAUGGAAAGGAGAAUUUUGGGAGGCCUGUAAUGUGGGGAUCCCCUUCAAUGACCGAGAGGCUAAUGAUGCAUUACUGUUUGGGUCUCUGACAGCCUGGUUCCUAAAGGAGCUGACCGAUCAGUUCCAUGACAAGCCGAAUAUUAUCGCUCAUUUCCAUGAGUGGCAAGCCAGCGCUGGGCUAAUACUAUCAAGGUUCCGCAAACUGCCUGUGGCUACGAUAUUCACCACCCACGCCACCCUGCUGGGGCGGUACUUGUGUGCGGCCAGUGUAGACUUCUACAACAGGCUUGAUCAGUUUGAUAUAGAUAAAGAAGCUGGAGAGCGCCAGAUCUAUCACCGUUACUGCAUGGAGCGCGCCUCUGCCCACUGUGCCCAUGUCUUUACCACAGUCUCACAGAUCACUGGCAUCGAGGCAGAGCACAUGCUGAAGAAGAAAGCAGAUGUAAUUACUCCAAAUGGAUUAAAUAUUAAGAAGUUCUCUGCGACGCACGAGUUUCAGAACCUGCAUUCUCUUUACAAGUCCAGGAUUCAAGAAUUCGUCCGUGGACAUUUCUACGGACACCUGGAUUUUAACCUGGACAAGACACUGUUUUUCUUCAUUGCUGGUCGCUACGAAUAUUCAAAUAAAGGGGCUGACAUAUUCCUAGAGUCUCUGUCUAGAUUAAAUUUCCUGCUUCGGGUCCAUCGCAGUGACGUUACUGUUGUGGUGUUUUUCAUUAUGCCGGCCAAAACAAAUAACUUUAAUGUGGAGACGCUGAAGGGUCAAGCAGUCAGGAAGCAGCUGUGGGACACUGCCCACACUGUGAAGGAAAAAUUUGGAAAAAAGUUAUAUGAAGCUUUGUUAAGGGGGCAAAUACCUGAUCUCAACAAGAUUCUGGACCGGGAUGACCUGACCAUCAUGAAGAGGGCAAUAUUUUCCACACAGCGCCAGUCACUUCCUCCAGUAACCACACACAACAUGGUGGACGACUCCGCAGAUCCCAUUCUAAACACAGUCCGGCGCAUCGGUCUCUUCAACAGCCGGACGGACAGAGUGAAGGUGAUCCUGCACCCGGAGUUCCUGUCCUCCACAAGCCCACUCCUUCCACUAGACUAUGAGGAAUUUGUACGAGGUUGUCACCUGGGAGUCUUCCCAUCAUACUAUGAGCCCUGGGGGUACACACCUGCUGAAUGCACAGUGAUGGGAAUCCCGAGCAUCACCACCAACCUCUCUGGAUUUGGCUGCUUCAUGCAAGAACAUGUGGCAGACCCGACUGCUUAUGGAAUUUACAUUGUGGAUCGUAGAUUCCGCUCUGCUGAUGAAUCGUGCAAUCAGCUGACCCAGUUCCUGUAUUCAUUCUGCCAGCAAUCACGGCGACAAAGAAUCAUCCAGCGGAACCGAACAGAACGACUGUCAGAUCUGCUGGACUGGAGAUACCUGGGUCGUUUUUAUAUGCACGGGAGACACUUGGCUCUCUGUAGAAUGUUUCCAGACAAGUUUGAGAUGGAGCCGAACGCGCCUCCAAAGACAGAUGGAUUCCGGUACCCCAGGCCAUCUUCUGUACCACCAUCUCCAUCAGUAUCCCAACCCUCCAGCCCCCGUGGAAGUGACGAUGAAGAAGAGGAGGACGAUGAAGAGAGGUAUGAUGAGGAUGAGGAGGCAGAGAGGGAUCGCCAGAACAUCAAGUCCACAUUUGCCCUUGGCCCAGUGUCUCAGGGGAAGAAGAAGAAACAUGGAGAAUACAAGAACUGAUGUCUUAUGUGUUCUAGUGCAAUUCUGCUGUAUAAUGUACCAGCGCCCCCCUGUGGCAGGGCUGCUACUGCCUCAUGUGGGAUAUAGAUGUGACUCAUAUCUGAUGUAUAUGUGGUAGUGAAAUAGUUAAACCCUUGACUGCUUUCA